AUGGGCUUCACGAAACCGCCUGUUCAGGCGCUUAAGUCUGCUAACAAGCUCAAGCGCAAGGAGCUCUUUGUCCAGUACAAGAAGCAUCAAAACAAAGAGAAACAUGAGGAACGACACCGGCGCAGAAAGGAGGAAGCCAAGGAUCCGGAGCUCAAGGAGGCCCGUUUAGCGAAGCGCAAACCUUCUACGAUCGACUCGAAACGAGUGUGGGAUGAUAUCGAUGAUGACAGUCUCGGUGUUCAGGUGGAUCUCGAGAAGCUGAAGCGCCGUCGCAUCGAAGAGGCCGAAGCAGCAGAGCAGGCCGCUCACGAGGUAGCCAUGCGCGCCGAGGAGGAGCUCGACAGAGACGACGAUGUCGACAGUAUGCUGGCCUCUGAUGAAGAGAUGGACGAGGAGCGACAAGCUGCGCUUGAAAAGAAGAGAGAGCGUCGAGCACAGCGAGACAGUAGUGUCGCGCCGUCUACAACAAGCACAAACCUUGACUUGACGCCCACCUCACUCGCCCUCAAGUUUCCUUCGCUUUUUACUGAUAUCCCCGCCCCAGAGCCAAAGAUCCUGGUUACGACAUCGCUGAACUCUACUUUGCACGAGCAAGCCAACGUCCUUUGCGAGUUCUUCCCCAACAGCUCCUAUGUCCCCAGAUCCGCGCAUCGAUAUGGCCACAAGUAUAGUCUCCGAGAGAUUUGCAAGUAUGCCACGAACCGUGAAUACACGGCUGUCAUUCUUCUUAACGAGGAUUCCAAGAAGCCAACAGGUCUCACGGUUGUGCAUCUACCUUCCGGCCCAACUUUCCACUUCUCAAUCACCAAUUGGAUCGAGGGCAAGAAACUCCCUGGCCACGGAAACCCGACAAACCACUACCCUGAACUCCUGCUCAAUAACUUCAAGACCCCUCUGGGUCUACUGACAGCUAAGCUUUUCAUGACGCUCUUCCCUCCUAGGCCAGAGUUCCAAGGCCGCCAAGUGACAACACUUCACAACCAACGCGAUUACAUCUUUGUGAGGCGGCAUCGUUACGUAUUCCGUGAAAAGCGACAGACAGAGAAGAGUAUUGUCGGCGCUGAUGGCAAGGAGAUCAAGGGCGUGGAAGGUAUUCGUGCCGGUCUGCAAGAGCUGGGCCCUCGGUUCACCUUGAAGCUGAGGAGAGUCGACAAGGGCAUUGGAAGAGCUGGAAGCGACGGCGACGAUGCGACGCAGUGGGAGUGGAAGGCUAAGAUGGAGAAGGAUCGCAAGAGGUUCAACCUGUAA